GCGUGUCAGCUGACGCCGCCAUUUCGGGUCGCUCUUCCUCUUCCCUGGCGGCUCGCGUUGCUCGGCGCACGUGCGUUGCGAUGGCGGCCAACACGGGGAACCUGCCGAUGCGGCUGCUGCGGAAGAAGCUCCACAAGCGCAACCUCAAGAUCCGGCAGCGCAAUUUGGCCCGGCAGGGAGCGGCUGCGGCUCCGACUGGAGACACAGUUGAUGACCACCCAGAAGACGGCAAUACAUCCAAUGUGGUGGAAGAACACAAAACAAAGGAUGUAGAUCAGGCUAAUGAAAUCCAGGAGACAGAAGAAACUGAGUGUACCCAACCUGAAUUGAAAAAGAAGAAGAAGAAAAAGAAGAGAAAAAUUGUGGCUGACACAGAACAUGAAACUAAAAAAGCUAAGUCUGAAGAAGAAGAAGCUGAAGUACAAGAAGAGACCAUGAAUGGGGAACCUGAAGAAGCGGCUGAGGAUGCUGAUGGACCUAUGUUGCCUCUAGGACUAACAGGUGCAUUUGAGGAUACAUCCUUUACAUCUCUUAAGAGCCUCAUUAGUGAAAAUACUUUGAAAGGAAUAACAGAAAUGGGUUUCACACACAUGACAGAAAUUCAGCAUAAAAGUAUUAAACCGCUUUUGGAAGGCAGAGAUAUUCUAGCUGCAGCAAAAACUGGCAGUGGCAAAACUCUUGCAUUUCUCAUUCCAGCAAUAGAACUUAUCUACAAGUUAAAAUUUAUGCCAAGAAAUGGGACAGGUGUCCUCAUCCUCUCCCCUACUCGGGAGCUGGCCAUGCAGACCUACGGUGUCCUCAAGGAACUCAUGACUCAUCAUGUCCACACCUAUGGCUUGGUGAUGGGGGGCAGCAAUAGAUCUGCGGAGGCACAGAGGCUUGGAAACGGCAUAAACAUCAUUGUGGCAACUCCAGGACGACUUCUGGACCACAUGCAGAAUACUCCAGGGUUUAUGUACAAGAACCUGCAGUGCCUGGUCAUUGAUGAGGCUGAUAGAAUUUUAGAAGUUGGGUUUGAGGAAGAAAUGAAACAAAUCAUAAAACUUCUCCCAAAGCGCAGACAGACCAUGCUGUUCUCUGCUACACAAACCCGUAAAGUUGAGGACCUGGCAAAGAUAUCUUUAAAGAAAGAGCCGUUGUAUGUUGGAGUUGAUGACAAUAAAGAAACAGCAACUGUAGAAGGUCUUGAGCAGGGUUAUGUAGUAUGCCCUUCAGAAAAGAGAUUCCUCCUGUUAUUUACUUUCCUCAAGAAGAACCGGAAGAAAAAGCUGAUGGUAUUCUUCUCUUCAUGUAUGUCUGUGAAGUACCACUAUGAACUCCUGAAUUACAUUGAUCUCCCAGUUCUGGCCAUUCAUGGCAAGCAGAAGCAAACCAAACGCACAACCACCUUUUUCCAGUUCUGCAAUGCAGAUUCUGGCAUACUCUUGUGCACGGAUGUUGCUGCCCGAGGACUUGACAUACCUGAGGUUGACUGGAUUGUUCAGUAUGACCCACCAGAUGAUCCAAAGGAAUACAUUCACCGUGUUGGUAGAACUGCCCGCGGUAUAAAUGGAAGAGGACACGCUCUGCUUAUUUUACGACCAGAAGAACUGGGUUUCCUCCGUUACCUAAAGCAAGCUAGGGUACCAUUAAAUGAAUUUGAAUUUUCUUGGUCCAAAAUAUCUGAUAUCCAGUCGCAGCUGGAAAAAUUGAUAGAGAAAAACUACUUCCUUCACAAAUCUGCUCAGGAAGCUUACAAAGCCUAUAUAAGGGCUUAUGAUUCUCAUUCACUGAAGGAAAUUUACAAUGUCAACAAUUUGGAUCUGCUGAAGGUUGCUCUGUCUUUUGGUUUCAAGGUUCCACCGUUUGUGGAUCUAAAUAUAAACAGCAGCCAUGGGAGGAGAUUACAAAAAAGAGGUGGUGGAGGAGGAUUUGGUUACCAGAAGUCAAAGAAUGUUCAGAAAUCCAAAAUCUUCAAGCACAUUAACAAGAAAAAAUCAGAUAGCAGACAAUUUUCCCGCUGAAAUGCUUUUUCAGUAUUCAUUGAAAUGGCUUUUGGGAUCAAAAUUUAAGUACAUUGUUCUGUACUCCCCAGCAACAUAUCUGCCAUAUAAAAUUAUAUAUAGUAUUUAAAAAAUUGGCUGAAACAAACUUUUGGGCUACAGCAAUGCAAGGGAAGAACAUUUCUGUGGUAGCCCUUCUCCAAGUUAUAUUUGCAUAGGAAUCAUGUACCUAGGCUCUAAUCUCUUGUCAGGGAAGAUAGAAGAUGUGAUCUUGAUCUCAUGUAGUCUCUUCCAUCCCUCUAUGUGCGCAGCAGGGCACAAUCUUAAAACAAGACUGGCUCUUCAGAGAUGUUGCAGGAGCACCAGCAAUGGACUCAUUCGGAAAUCUGUUUUUUGACACUGCUGUGUAAAUUACAUUUUAAAUAAUGGAUUUUCUUCCAAGAACUUGUUUGCUGGGCACAUAUGGAAAUGUGAUAUAUAAAUAUAUUAGGCAAUAUGUUGUUUUUGUAAGAAAUAAUUAAUAGAUAUUUUUACCAUCAAGAUAAUCUUGUAUUUUCUUGCAAAACAAAGAUAGUAUUGUCUAAUGCCACAAUAGGUGUUCUGAAUCUCCAGAGGUGGUGAAUUUGCUGCCCUUACUGACUUUUUUCCUUCAAAUUUUUUUUCUUUCCUCUUCAAAUAACUAAAGAUAUUUCUAGAUAGAUACAUGCACAUACAUACAUAAGAUUUGAAAAUUCCAGAAGAAUUGCACUCACUCUGAGUUGAAUCAUAUGGUUUAGAUCCCAAACAUGUUUCUGUUUUCUUUUAUCUAAGCUAGAGCCAUCUCUUGUGGUGUUGGUUCUUGCCCCUCUUGGGGCCCUUCCAGACAGGCCCUAUAUCCCAGGAUCUGAUCCCAGGUUUUGUUUAUCCUGGAUUAUCUGACAACGGGGACUCAUAAUCCUGUUUAAUGCAGAAAACCUGGGAUCAGAUCCUGGGAUAUAGGACCCUUGGACUCUACUGCAGAUGGAACCACACUUUUCUGCACAUCAUGUCUUCUGCAUCUUUACUGCUUGAGUAACAUUUUAGCUUUGAGCAGUAGCAGCACACUUUGCAGUUCAAGAUACAGUGGAGGAGGGGGAAGUAUUUAGUCAGAUACCAAUUGUACAGUUCCCCCACUUAAAAAGAUGAGAGAGGCCUGUAAUUGACAUCAUAGGUAGACCUCAACUGUGAGAGACAACAUGAGAAAACACAUCCAGAAAAUCACAUUAUCUGUUUUUUCACGAAUUUAUUUGCAAAUUAUGGUGGAAAAAUAAGUAUUUGGUCUGUAACAGAAGUUCAUCUCAAUACUUUGUUAUAUAUCCUUUAUUGGCAAUGACAGAGGUCAAACGUUUUCUGUAAGUUCUCACAAGGUUGGCACACACUGUUGCUAGUAUGUUGGCCCAUUCCUCCAUGCAGAUCUCCUCAAGAGCAGUGAUGUUUUGGGCCUGUCGCUGGGCAACACAGACUUUCAACUCCCUCCAAAGGUUUUCUAUAGGGUUGAGAUCUGGAGACUAGCUAGGCCACUCCAGGACCUUGAAAUGCUUCUUACAAAGCCACUCCGGAUCAUGGUCAUGCUGAAAGACCCAGCCACAUUUCAUCUUCAGUGCCCUUACUGAUGGAAGGAGGUUUGCACUCAAAAUCUCACAAUACAUAGCCCCAUUCAUUCUUUCAUGUAUACGGAUCAGUCACCCUGGUCCCUUUGCAGAGAAACAGCCCCAAAGCAUGAUUUUGCCUACCCCCAUGCUUCACAGUAGGUAUGUUCUUUGGAUGCAACACGGCAUUCUUUCUCUGCCAAACACAAGUUGUGUUGCUGUCAAACAGUUCUUCUUUGGUUUCAUCUGACCAUAUGACAUUCUCCCAAUACUCUUCUGGAUCAUCCAAAUGCUCUCUAGCAAACUUCAGUCGGCCCUGGACAUGUACUGGCUUAAGCAGGGGGACACAUCUGGCACUGCAGGAUCUUAGUCCUUGGUGGUGUAGUGCGUUUCUAAUGGUAGCCUUUGUUACAUUGGUCCCAGCUCUCUGCAGGUCAUUCACUAAGUCCCCCCGUCCGUGUUGUUCUGGGAUUUUUGCUCACCGUUCUUGUGAUCAUUUUGACCCCACGGGGUGAGAUCUUGCGCGGAGCCCCAGAUCAAGGGGGAUUAUCAGUGGUCUUGCAUCUCUUCCAUUUUCUAAUUAUUGCUCCCACAGUUGAUUUCUUCAGACCAAGCUGCUUGCCUAUUGCAGAUUCAGUCUUCCCAGUCUGGUGCAGGGCUACAAUUUUGUUUCUGGUGUCCUUUGACAGCUUUUUGGUCUUCACCAUAGUGGAGUUUGGAGUGUGACUGCUUGAGGUUGUGGACAGGUCUCUUAUACUGAUAACAAGUUCAAAUAGGUGCCUUUACCACAGGUAAUGAGUGGAGGACAGAAGAGCCUCUUAAAGAAGUUACAGGUCUGUGAGACCCAGAAAUCUUGUUUGUUUGUAGGCGACCAAAUACUUAUUUGCAAAUAAAUUCCUUAAAAAAAAGACCAUGAUUUUCUGAAUGUGUUUUCUCACGUUGUCUCUUAAAGUUGAGGUCUACCUAUGAUGUAAAUUUCAAGCCUCUCUCAUUUUUUUAAGUGGGAGAACUUGUACAAUUGGUAUCUGACUAAAUACUUUGUCCCCCCACUGUAGUUGUGAAUCUAAGUGGUUUGUUUUCAACAGUCAUAGAAUUGGUUCCAUGUGUCUAGGGAGUCUUUUGGCUGGUGUUUGAGCAGGAGACUUUCUGAUUGUGUCUGUGAAACUUGUUUUGAAUUGGAGAUGAAUUUCAGAAGCAGUUCCUCUGUGGUACAAGAACAGGUGUGCUGCCAGCUGUCCAGAGAAAAAAAAGCAUCAGUGUUUGCCCAAAUAAUUCUCUAGGUAGCACCCAAAGUACACUUUCCCAAUCUUUCAGGUGUCUUUGACUUCAACUUUUUUCAUUCGCAGCCAGCUUGGCUAAGACCAGCAUGUUUUGAGGGCAUUGGAUUGGGAAUGGCUAAGAUAAAGGAGUAAUAUAAUCUCCACUGAGCAUUGGCUCUCAGCAUGGUAGCAUUAUGAGAACCUUUUAAAAGGCUAUAAAAAUGAACUAGAAACCUAAGGUUUCUUGCACAUGUCUCUUAGUAUCAAUCUUCUGGAUAUUUAAUAGCCUCAGCCAUCACACACUCAAGCCUUGUCUCAUAAAGAUGACUGAUAGUUUUGGGCACUAAUGCUAUAUUUCUUGAGGAAUUGCCUCCCACUCAGAGAACCUUGACGAGGAAAUUGAACUUUGUAAGCCAGUUAAAUAAAAGUGAUCAAAAUGUUCAUGUGGGAGAUUCUGAGAAGAACUUAGCCGUAGACAGAUGAAAGAAAUUGCUGAAGUUUCUAACAAUAACAAUGAAUAAAUACAACAUGUGUAAUACAGUUGCCUCUAUGUUAUAGUGGCUGCGCUGUUUUGCACAGGCACCACAGCAAUUUUGCUCAGACACCAGAUAACAAGUGUUCUAUGUGAAAGAUUUCUUAACCACACAUCCACCUUUCACCAAUUUUAGAAUAACAUCAGGCUGCUUGCCUUUCUUUUUACAACAGUGAUUUUAGAAUAAUAUACUAAGACAACCUCGAAUUAUAAUGAGACACAUAUUUUGCCAAAUAAGCAUGGUUGGCAUGUUGUAAGAUAUCAUAAGACAUUUGUACCUUUGAAGUUUUUAAGAGUAUGUUCAAACCAAAGAAGUAAGGUUUCGGCACAGACUAAUUUUGAUAAGUUGUGCAGUUUUAACUAUAAACAAAAGCCAGUCCUAUAUUAACUGCUCUUUAGCUUAUCUCAUGCAUCAUGACCCCCGAUUUGCAAACCCUGUGGAGAGGUUGGGGGGCUAUGGGGAAACAGGCAUUUAUUUCUCUGAUUGAUAGCAAGUGUUGGAUGCACUCCUAUGUGCUUUUAUCUUACACCUUCCCUCUAUUUUAUACUCUUCCUUUUAAACAUAAAGUUAACAAGCUGUUUUAAUUUA